GAUGAAGUCAGAAAAACGUGAGAACUGAAGGAACAGCUCGUUGAUUUUUAGAGCAUGACGUGUUUAAGAACGUGUUCUGUAAAAAAGAAGAACCUAGAGCUUCACAGAGUCCAGGAGAGGAGCUGGACUGGAGUCACGACCACAGUGGAGCAGAGAGCCGCGUCACACGGGCGCCAUGUUGGAGAGGUGCUGCUGCGGCUCAAUCCAGAAACUCCUCAGAGACUGGACCGUCCUACAGGAAGCACAGAGAGGAAAGACGGACACGAGACAGCAGACCAACAGAGAGCUACGGCAGCCCGCUGUGCACCAUGAAAUCUUCGUCCCUCCUCCUCCUCCUCUCCUUCCUCCUAGGAGCGUGUGAUGUUCAAGGGGCCUCGGAUUUUAGAGUUUGUGCGUUUAACCUUCAUCACUUUGGAGAAUCAAAGACCAAGAAGAGCAGCGUGAUGCACACACUGACCAGGAUCAUCUCUCGCUGUGACAUCUCUUUGCUCCAGGAGGUCAGAGACAGCAGAGAGAAGGCUUUACCUCAGCUGAUGGAGCGGCUCAACAGGUAUGACCCCUCCCACCAGUAUAAAUCUGUGGCCAGCGAGAGACUGGGCCGCUCCGAGUCGUACCAGGAGCAGUACGUGUUCGUCUACAGGUCUGACACAGUGUCGGUCACAGGUCAGUACCAGUACCCCGAUAAUCGACCUGGAGACAUGGACGCGUUCUCCAGAGAACCGUUUGUGGUUCGAUUCAAAGCUCCAAAAACAGCCAUAAAGGAGUUUGUUCUCAUACCUCAACACACGUCUCCGGACAACACCACCAAAGAGCUGGACGCUCUCUACGACGUCCUGCAGCACGUCAGGAAGAUGUGGAAGACCGACAACGUGAUGCUGCUCGGAGACUUCAACGCCGACUGUGGUUACCUCGCCAAGAAGAACAGGAAGUUUGUGCGUCUGAUCACGGAGAAAAAUCUCUUCUGGCUCAUUCCUGAUAAAACCGACACCACGGUGAGAGAGUCCACGUCCUGCACCUACGACAGGAUCGUGGUUCACGGUGAAACCUUCGCCAGGGCGGUCGUUCCCACGUCGGCUAAACCGUUCAACUUCCAGAAGGAAUACCGUCUGUCUGAGGAGCAGGCUCUAGAGGUCAGCGAUCACUUCCCCGUGGAGGUCCUGCUGAAAACCAACCAAUCACUUCACAGUGGAGGGAUAACGGAGGGCGCGCACCGGCUCCUACUUCUGUUGAUCCUCGGACACCUCGUCUUUAACACGUUUACGUGAUUGAUCGAUCAUUAGAAUGAUUAUUGAUCGACUCAUCCUGAAGACCAUCGUGAACUCUGAGAUCCACCAGCAGGACGAGUCGACCCAGGAGACGAUCCUCGUAGGGAGGUCAGGGUCGGAGGGAAAUCGACCGUAACUGACCUUCUUUAUCUUCAUCUUCCUCUUUGUCUCAUCCUCCCAGAGAGGAUGAGGAGGGAGGAAGAGGCUAAAAGUUUUAGACCUUUAAGGAAACGACAGAAACUUUAACAUGACAGAAAGACAGUCAGCAGUCAGAAACGUCCUGUUAGGGUCUGUGAUCAACGUUUGUACGCCCAGAGCCAAAGCCACAGGAAGUCACUGGAGAACCGCCAUUUAAGUCAGGAGCAGUUUUAUUCCUCGGGUCUAAGCUCCUCCCACACAGGAACAAGAGAAAUAUGACGGUUAGACACAAGGACGGUUUACCAGGAGAGACAUCUCUGUCCUCACAGCGCCGCCUGAGCGACGAUGAUCAGCUGAUCUGCCUCAAACACUCAGGGAACCGCCCCUUUAAAACGGUUUCAGAACCUUAGAGUCAAAGCUGUGGUCUGUGGGCCCCAGGAUGGCCCCUAGAGUCAAAGCUGUGGUCCAUGGGCCCCAGGAGGGCCCCUAGGGUUGUUUACUAAAUAAAAAAAAAAUCAGCAUUAUUUAAAAAAAAUGGUGAAAGUUUCUAGAAUAUUCUAUUUCUGUGUUUUAGUAUAUGAUAUAACCUGGCAUCUAAAGGGUUAAAAUACUUAAAUUUGACUAAAUCCUCAUAUGAAUUUAACACCAAAUAAAAACUAAUAUUAUUCUUUUAUGAUUUUUUUUUCCGUUUAACUAAAUAAGAAACAAUCUUUUAUUACCAAUCAUCAGUAAAUCUCACGUCACUGUUAAACAUUUAUAUGACAGUAGAUCAGUGAGAACCACUGAGGGGAGCAGACUUUUGACCAAUCAGAUCACGUCUUUGUUUUAGGACUGGGCAGAUCCUUCAUCAUGGUGGAGGGGAACAGUUUUCAGGUCAGAGGAGGAGAGAAGAAGAACUACGCUAGAAACUAAGAAGCACCUGAUGUGUGUUUCAUGAUAACGCAAGAGCACCGUGUGACGGUGUGACGGUACAGGUGUACCGUGUGACGGUGUGACGGUACAGGUGUACCGUGUGACGGUGUGACGGUAUAGGUGUACCGUGUGACCUUUAGCUCAUGGCAAGGAUCACCAAACCUCCUAAAAGUUGCUGUAAAACUCUGAGAGGGCGUUUUUAUUUGCUGACUGUUCUUUUUCUUUUUAAGGAUAUUGGUGAAAAAUAAAGGUGCGCUGAAUAAACCCAGCAGCGGUUCAACAUGGCGCUGACCCUCCAUAGAGGAUGAAUCUGCAGAGAUGAACCUGAUCUCUAAACUCUGACUCUUUUAUUAACCUUCUGUAACUCUGACGUUUUAAUGGAAUACUACAUAAAUCAUUUUAUUAUAAACUCA